AUGCUUCCUGCUCGCCCUCUCAUUCGAUCAACUGUGCCUCGUGCCGCACGUGCUUCUCGUGCUUCUCGUCAAGUUCGAUUCCAAUCUACAGCCUCAUCUUCAUCGAGCAGCGCUCAUCUCGCCUCCGGUAUCGCUGGCGGUUUUGUCGGCUCAGCUAUCUUCUACGGCAUCUACUCUUACACACCCGCUGGCCGUGCUGCUUCAGGUAUCAACAAGGCUGCCAAGGAGGCCCAGCAAAAAUAUGAGGCUGCCGCAAAGAAGCUCCAGAAGAACACCCCCGACGCCGAUCAGGCUGUGAACUACAUUAAGGAGUUUGCUUACUCCUACGUUGGUUGGAUCCCAGGUGGUCGCGCCUACGUUGAUGCUGCCUUCCAGGACUGGGAAAAGGUUCGGGAGAACAACAAGGAUGAGGCCGACAAGCUCGUCAACGAUACCUACAAGCAGUUCCAAGAUCUUUCCAAGUCUGGGCUGAGCCUGGAGACUGCUUCAAAGGCCUACGACGUCCUCGCUGAUCUCGCCAAGAAGGUCGCCAACCUCGCUGGUGAUGCCAUCGGCGACAUCAUUGACAACCACCCCCAGGUCAAGGAGAAGCUUGGCAGCAACGUUGAUCAGCUCAAGGAGCUCGGUGACAAGUAUGGCCCCGAGGCUAAGAAGCAGGUCGACGAGACUUGGAAGCAGGUCAAGGACAUCUUUGCUGGAGGCUUCAGUGUCGCUAGCAUAAACAAGGCCCGCAAGCUCAUUGAGGAGAAGGUGGAACAGAUCAAGAAGCUCGGCGACCAGGCCUGGAAGAAGGGUCUUGAGGAGGCCAAGCCCUACCUUGACAAGAACCCCAAGGUUAAGGAGCUCAUCGAGAAGAACGCCGAUGCUCUCAAGGAGGGUAACACCGCCGAGCUGUUCAAGCGUGCCAAAUCCGCCGUCGACUCUGGCGACCUAGGCGACCUGGAGAAGUACGUCAAGGAUGCGACUGAGAAGGUCAAAUCCAAGGGUAAUGAGCUUACUGGCGGUUGGGUCGAUAUUGAGAAGUACAUCAAGGAGAUCCCCAAUGGUGGCGAGAUUAUGGAGAAGUUGCAGCAGCUGAGCGAGGUGGCGGACAAGCACAAGGAAGAGGGUGAGAAGUUGUUCAAGGAGACAGUUGAGGAACUGCGACAGGUACUGGAGAAGAAGUCCGAGAAAGCCCAAGAGAUUGCUGGCGAGGCCAAGAAGGACGUUAAGAAGGAGGCCAAGUAA